CAUGUGCAGACCUGCGAGACAAAAGCAUUCUUUUAGGACAACCCUUCCUCAAACUGGUUGAGACUCUAGAUCACGCACCGUUUUUCAUCUGUUCUUGUAGUUAUAGAAAAUUAUAAUUAAAAUGGAGAAUAAACAAGACGCUAGUGGAAAUUCAUUGUAUGUUGGAAACCUAGAUGGUACACGGGUCACAGAACAGAUCAUGAUAGACAUAUUUAAAAAUGGCCUAAAGCAUAUUAGUGACAAAGUUCUUGGAGCAAAAAUGUUCCACCCACAAGAUGGCACAGAUUCCUAUUGUUUUGUUACAUUUGCUGAUCAUGAUGCAGCCAUGGCUGGAAUGUCAUUUUUGAAUGGACGAGAAGUGUUCAAUAAGAAAGUGAAGGUUAAUUGGGCAACUUCUGGAACUUCAAACAAAAGUCAAACAGGCCAGAAAUAUUAUGGGGCCUGCUCCUCCAUCUUUGUUGGAGAUCUGGACCAAGACAUAGGUGAAGAGGCAUUGCAGAAAGCUUUUGAGAUUUUUGGCGAAAUUGUAGCUGUUCGCGUAGUUCGUGAUGCAGUUACCAACUCAAGCAAAGGAUAUGGCUUUGUCUCUUUCAAAUCCAAAAUCGAUGCUGAAGAUGCAAUGACUAAAAUGCAAGGAGCCACUCUUGGAGGAAAAGCUAUUAGGACUAACUGGGCAACGCGUAACAAAGUCCCUGGAACUGGUGGAGAUCAACAGACGAAACCUGCUGCAUUGAAUUACAACGAAGUCUACCAGUCUGCAAGUUCCAAUAACACCACAGUCUAUGUCGCAAACCUGCCUAGCUCCAUCUCAGAUGAGAAGCUCCGCCAGACUUUCAGUUGUUUUGGCCAAAUCCAGGACACAAGGAUAUUUAUGGACAAGCUGUAUUGCUUCAUCAAAUACGCAACACACGAAUCUGCAGCGACUGCCAUUGUUAAAUGCAACGGAAUGGAUAUUGAUGGCUGCAUAAUCAAGUGCUGGUGGGGAAAGGAAAGUGGCGAGAACUCAGUGCCAUCUUCAGGUGCAAGUGCGGGACAAGGUCAGCAAGGAGGCGCAGGUGGAGCAUACUCCAUGUACAAUCCAUACCAUCAGAUGUAUUACAAUUAUUGGGCAGCUGUGAUGGCGCAGCAGCAGAUGACAAGUAACUCGCAGUCCGGCCAGCAAUCAAAUACACAGGCGUAUAUGCCGGUGGUGCAAAGCCAAGGGUACCCUAUGUAUGGAAUGUACUCUGCACAACAGUACGGACAAAUGCCAAUGAUGCAAGGAUACGGAGGAUCUGGACAACAAUCAUCUAACCAAAAUGGAGCCCCAAGUGGAAACUACGGAACACAAUCAUAUCAAAACUCUCAUUAAGUUAUCAGCUUGCGAAGGAGGAAGUGGAUUGUUGUCAAAAGAACUGGGACCUAUUGACAAAUUGAAAUAAAGCCCUAAUCAAGGCUUUAUUUAGUUAAAUGCAAAAGGUUGCAUUUUUGAACUGUAAAAUAACAAAAAAAAUUGAAUUGGUGACAUGAAGACAGUGUUGCAAUAUUUAAAGGAGACUCGUGCAUUGGUUUUUAUGAGGCCGCGUUGUACUGCGGUGACGAAAGGAAUUGUUGAUGUUUAAGCAAGAAGGGGACUUGAACUAACUUAGAAAUUGUAAUUAGGCAAGGUUGAAUGUUCUUAUAACGGACAAGACAGUAUUUAAAAAGAUCACAAACAAGUAGUGAUCAAAUAUUUAGAAAGUACCAGUCUAAAAAUGUUUGAGUUUCGAGUAAUUGUCAAGGCCUUUUAAAGUCAUGAUGAAAUAAAUCUUUAAAUCGGUAAAAUGCAUGAAUAUUUACGAUCAACGUAGAGUAGAAUCAAAAACUUUAUUUUGAAUAUGUAAAGUAAAGAUGAAGAAAAACCACAACGCUGCACUUGUAGUAAAUAACAUUAAGAUUGAAAUGAUAAAGUCUUCAUUA